AUGAACUCAAAACAAUCCAAAUUUACGCAUCUAAUUCAGGUAUUGUUUCCUCGCCAAAUCUUCAAUUAUCCACAUCCUAAGCGUAUCUACACUCGUCAGAUGUCUAUCACUCGUCUUAUGCUUUUAGGUACUAAACUUUGUUGGAACAUUCUUAUGAAAUUCAAAUCACCAGUUGUUUUCAUCGGUCAAUCUAAUAAUUCCAUUCCAAUAUUGACCGCACAAAGUGAUUUCCUUUCUAUUCCUUUGUCAUCCAAAUGGCGAAGUUCAGUUCAAGACAACAGUAUCAAACAAGUCCCUCUUGCAACAAUCAAGAAAUAUGUUACAUUGGCAGAUACAGAACAUAAUUUCUUUGUUAUCACAAGUCGUAGUUUCGAAUACAUCCAAGAAAGUUGUUUAUUUGUUGCAUCAUCUCCAUGGGAUUCCACAUUUCAUGUCUUCAAAGUUGAAUCGAAUUCAGCACAUUACAUUUACUCACAGCGUCAGAACAGCUCAUUGAUCUCCGGUGUUACAAGCAGCCACAAGAAAGGUUUGAUUGUCACUCGUUGGCAAGAUUCAUCUAUUUCCGUUUGGGAUGUUGAGAAACCACAACAAAACUGUUUCCUUUACCGAAUUCAACCACAUUUGACAUCAUUAGUUGAUGUUGAUGUUUGUUCUAACUUGAACAUCAUUGUUUCACUUGACAAGUCACGUACUGUUAUCAUGACUAAACUUUCAAGUGGUCAUUACAUGCGUCAUUUCAUUGUUGAAGGUAAUGAUACAUUGAAGAAAUUGUUGAUUGUUUCAGCCGGCUACAUCAUCAUUGCAAGCGAAUCAUCAACUAAUGGUCGUUUUACAAGCACAUUUCGAUGCUACACAUUCAACUCCAUUCUUUUGAAGACAUUUUCAUAUGAAUCAACAUUGUCAUGUCUUGCAUGUAUCAAAUCAUCAACAUCUCCAAUGCUUGUUGCAUCAUUUUCGGAUGGCCAUUUCUCAUUGAUCGAAAUUCCACAGAUGCUUGAAAUCAUUUCUACUAAGAAAUUCACGAUGACAAACAUUGUUUAUAACGAAGAACAUAACUGUUUAUUUGCAUCUGAUUCUAAUGGCAACUUAUUAUAUUUAGACCUUUAA